AUGGCCAUUCCCGGCAUCCCCUAUGAACGACGGCUUCUCAUCAUGGCGGACCCUAGAGAUAAGGCGCUACAGGACUAUCGCAAAAAGCUUCUGGAACACAAGGAGAUUGACGGCCGUCUAAAGGAGUUAAGAGAACAACUAAAAGAACUUACCAAGCAAUAUGAAAAGUCUGAAAAUGAUCUGAAGGCCCUACAAAGUGUUGGACAGAUUGUGGGUGAAGUUCUUAAGCAGUUAACUGAAGAAAAAUUCAUUGUUAAAGCUACAAAUGGACCAAGAUAUGUUGUGGGUUGUCGUCGACAGCUUGACAAAAGUAAGCUGAAGCCAGGAACAAGAGUUGCUUUGGAUAUGACUACACUAACUAUCAUGAGAUAUUUGCCAAGAGAGGUGGAUCCACUAGUUUAUAACAUGUCUCAUGAGGACCCAGGGAAUGUUUCUUAUUCUGAGAUUGGGGGGCUGUCAGAACAGAUUCGAGAAUUAAGAGAGGUGAUAGAAUUACCACUUACAAACCCAGAACUCUUCCAGCGUGUAGGAAUAAUACCUCCCAAAGGCUGUUUGUUAUAUGGACCACCAGGCACAGGAAAAACACUAUUGGCACGAGCUGUGGCUAGCCAGCUGGACUGCAAUUUCUUAAAGGUUGUAUCUAGUUCUAUUGUAGACAAGUAUAUUGGUGAAAGUGCUCGUUUGAUCAGAGAAAUGUUUAAUUAUGCCAGAGACCAUCAGCCGUGUAUCAUUUUUAUGGAUGAGAUAGAUGCAAUUGGUGGUCGUCGGUUUUCUGAGGGUACUUCAGCUGAUAGAGAAAUUCAGAGAACUUUAAUGGAGUUACUGAAUCAAAUGGAUGGAUUUGAUACUCUGCACAGAGUUAAAAUGAUCAUGGCUACAAACAGACCAGAUACACUGGAUCCUGCUUUGCUCCGUCCAGGAAGAUUAGAUAGAAAAAUACAUAUUGACUUACCAAAUGAACAAGCAAGAUUAGAUAUACUGAAGAUCCAUGCGGGUCCUAUUACAAAGCAUGGUGAAAUAGAUUAUGAAGCAAUUGUGAAGCUUUCAGAUGGCUUUAAUGGAGCUGACCUGAGAAAUGUUUGUACUGAAGCAGGUAUGUUUGCAAUUCGUGCUGAUCAUGAUUUUGUAGUACAGGAAGACUUCAUGAAAGCAGUCAGAAAAGUGGCUGAUUCUAAGAAGCUAGAAUCUAAAUUGGACUACAAGCCUGUGUAAUUAUUUUACCAGAAGGUUUUUGAUAGCUGCAUGACAAAAACUGGCUUAAUGUAAAAAUAAAGUUAAGGAAAAUAAUGUAUGUAUUGGCAAUGAUCUCAUUCACAGAAUAAAAAUAUGUAUUGGUAACAUUUUAAAAACUAGUAUUUCAGUAAUUCUACUUUUAGAUUGGUACAGAAGAAAUUUGUAUGUUUGUUAAUGCUGCUUUUACUAUAGCAGAAGUUAUAAGAGUAUGUUGAAGCUUUUCAUAUUUGCUGUGUGAGCAUUUUGUAAAACACUGAACAUGGUCUGAGAUAGUAGUAAAAGACAGCAUUUCUUAUCAUUUAUUUUAUAUCACUUGUUUUCCUCAUGCUAAAAAGUUGAAUAAAAGCUGUUUAAUUCAGUUUUCCUACAUAUAUUCUUGUUUUUUAUAAAAAAAUUUUACUAUAUGGCCUUUUAGGUUCUUUAUUAAGUAAAUUACUUAACUAAGAUGAAGUUGUGUUUGCAUCAUAGGCUUUUGAAUUUAAUUUUAAAACAGUACCCAUACUCAGUGUUCAUAAAGCAUCUUAUUACAUAUAUCUAUAAAACAUGGAUGUUUGUAUGUCUAUAUAUAUAAAACUCCCUCCAGAGUGAGUCUUACUCUCUACCUACUGUGAUUGGGCUGUGUGAUAGUUAAUUAAAAUAAUUUGUGCACAUCCAUAGCCUUAAGAUUUAAGAUUAUGAUUAAAAGUAAUAUUUGGUAAUAAGUAUGACUUUUGUUUUCUUAAUUUGUGGGAGAUGAUUAUUUCCUUUUGAGAAUAUUCAGAUCUUGAUACUCUUCCCAGAAAAUUCAUGCUCAUACAAAGGUUUUGUAUGUAGUAAAACUAAAACCUAAGGAAAUAUUUUAUUUCAUGCUCACCCAUGGACUGUAUUGGGUAUUUAUGGAUAUCAAGCAAUGAAUGUCUGACAUAGGAGAUACUAAGGUCAGAAGUGUUCAAGGGUGAAUUACCUAUACACAAUUUUUUCUCUUAUGAAUUGUAAUUAAAGCUUUAGAGAGAGUUUUAAGACAUUACAGUAGGAAAUUAUUGGACAUCAAUUGAGAUUUUUAUCAUUAAAGGUGCUAUUAAAGAGCUUCAUCAUAAACCUUAAA